UCUGGUUCGUUCAAAAACGUUCUAUCCAUUUUUGAUCUUUGUCCUCUCUUUUACCUAAUUUUUAUCUUAUUUAUCUGUGUUGGACAUCCGUGGGUGUCAAAUUGUGACGUGGAUUUUGAAAAAAUCGCUUCUUGAUUUUAAAAUGAGUUCUUUUAAAAGGGAUAAAAAGGAGGAGGAAGAUGGAGGAGGUAAUCCUUUCCUAAAUAUUGAAAAAACAACGGUUCUUCAAGAAGCUAGAAUUUUUAAUGAAACGUCGGUAAAUCCACGAAAAUGUACUCCAAUUUUAACCAAACUUCUUUACAUGUUGAACCAGGGUGAACAGUUAAGUGUUAAAGAAGCUACGGAUGUAUUUUUUGCAAUGACUAAACUUUUUCAAUCUCGAGAUGUUAUUCUAAGAAGACUUGUUUACUUGGGAAUAAAAGAGUUAAGCUCCAUUGCAGAUGAUGUCAUUAUAGUAACAUCAAGUCUUACGAAAGAUAUGACUGGUAAGGAAGACAUGUACAGAGCUGCUGCUAUUAGAGCAUUAUGCAGUAUCACCGAUGCAACUAUGUUGCAAGCCAUUGAAAGAUAUAUGAAACAAGCCAUUGUUGAUCGUAACCCAGCUGUAAGUUCUGCGGCCUUAGUGAGUUCCCUGCAUAUGACAAGGAUUGCUCCAGAAGUUGUGAAGAGAUGGGUCAAUGAAGCUCAGGAAGCAGUCAAUAAUGACAAUAUAAUGGUGCAAUAUCAUGCUUUGGGUCUACUUUAUCAUAUACGAAAAACAGAUAGAUUGGCUGUAACAAAGUUGGUAUCAAGAUUAACAAGAAUGUCUUUGAAGUCUCCAUAUGCUGUGUGUAUGCUGAUUAGGAUUGCGGCAAAAAUGUUAGAAGAGGAAGACACUGGUAGUGAUUCUCCCUAUUUUGAAUAUAUUGAAUCAUGUUUCCGUCAUAAAUCUGAAAUGGUGGUCUAUGAAGCAGCACAUGCAGUGGUCAAUUUAACUCGUACCACAAGCAGGGAACUGACACAGGCAAUCAGUGUUCUGCAGUUGUUCUGUGGUUCUCCAAAACCAACAUUAAGGUUUGCUGCUGUUAGGACACUAAAUCAAGUUGCUAUUUCACAUCCUGCAGCUGUAACGGCUUGUAACUUGGAUUUGGAAAAUUUAAUUACCGACUCCAACCGCUCAAUUGCCACAUUGGCAAUUACCACACUUUUAAAGACAGGAGCUGAAUCCUCUGUCGAUAGGCUGAUGAAGCAAAUAGCAACUUUUGUAUCUGAAAUAAGUGAUGAAUUUAAAGUUGUCGUGGUGCAAGCAAUAAAAGCUCUUGCACUGAAAUUUCCCAGAAAACACAGCGUGCUUAUGAAUUUUCUAUCGGCAAUGUUAAGAGAUGAAGGGGGUUUAGAAUACAAGGCUUCAAUUGCUGAUACUAUCAUCACAAUAAUUGAAGAUAAUCCGGAAGCUAAAGAAACCGGAUUGGCACAUUUGUGCGAAUUUAUCGAGGAUUGCGAACAUGUUUCUUUAGCAGUACGCAUUCUGCAUUUACUAGGAAAAGAGGGACCAAAAACAAAACAGCCCUCAAGAUAUAUAAGAUUUAUUUAUAAUCGAGUGAUAUUGGAAUGUCCUACAAUUAGAGCAGCCGCGGUAUCAGCAAUGGCUCAGUUUGGCGCAUCUUGUCCCGAUUUGUUAGAAAAUAUUUUGGUUUUACUUGCGCGCUGUCAGAUGGAUUCCGAUGACGAAGUUAGGGAUCGUGCCACUUACUACAUCAGUAUAUUAAGCAGGCAUGACAAAAGUUUAUACAACAACUAUAUAUUGGAUACAUUACAGGUUUCUAUCCCAGCAUUAGAAAGAUCAUUAAGGGAGUAUACACAGUCGACUACAGACAGACCAUUCGAUAUAAGAUUAGUGCCAGUGGCUGCAUUAACCAAGUCAGAAGAGGAGGUUAAACAUAAAGCUGAAGGGAUGCUCAUUAGUUCCGGCCAACCUAAGUCUGUACCAGCAUCGAGAGAAGAAAAUUACGCAGAAAAAUUGAAUUCCAUUCCUGAUGUCUUGGAAUUUGGACCAUUAUUCCGCAGUUCUGAUGUUUCCGAAUUAACAGAAUCUGAAACUGAAUACGUUGUGAGAUGUAUAAAACAUUGCUUUGCCAAACAUGUCGUUUUACAGUUUGAUUGUCUCAAUACUUUAAGCGACCAGUUGUUAGAAAAUGUGCGAGUCCAGUUGGAGCCCAGCGAUGGAUAUGAAAUAUUGAGUGAAGUUCCAUGUGAGAAAUUACCUUAUAAUGAGACUGGGACAACGUACAUCAUUCUGAAAACUCCAGAAGACUUGCCUAGCAGUAUUGGAACUUUUGGUGCUGUGCUCAAGUUUGUUGUGAAGGACUGUGAUCCUUCAACAGGAUUACCGGACACUGAUGAUGGUUACGAUGAUGAAUAUAUUCUUGAAGAUCUGGAAAUAACCUUAGGAGAUCAAGUUCAAAAGGUCACCAAAGCUAAUUGGGCUGCCUCUUGGGAGGAAGCCGCCUCAAGUUUCCACGAAGUAGAGGACACCUAUUCAUUGAGCUCAAUGAACACCUUAGAGGAAGCUGUAAAAAACAUAGUUCAAUUUUUAGGUUUGCAGCCUGCUGAAAGAAGCGACAAGGUUCCUGAAGGAAAAACCACACAUACUUUAUUAUUAGCCGGAAUAUUUCGUGGUGGUGUAGAUAUUCUUGUACGAGCAAAGCUAGCCCUCGCAGAUGGCGUUACAAUGCAGUUGACUGUCCGAUCUACAGAUGAAGGUGUGGCCGAGCUUAUAACAUCAGCUGUGGGUUAAAUUAAAUAACC